AUGAAAUUAUUUUUGUUACUAUUGUUUAUUAUUCUGAUAAAAUCUAUUCAAUCGAAAAAAUUAAUUAGUAAAUUCUUAUUAAUACGCGAUGAUACUACGGAUAAAAAUGGUCUAAGUCGAUUUUCAGUAUUAGAUUCAAGUGAAAAACAAUAUUUAUAUCGAUUGAAAAAUUCAAAUGAUGAUAGUAAUCUUCUUUUAAUAGUUAGUUAUCCAUCAAAAGAUGUUCUUGGUUAUGUAGGAAAUGAAUGGAGAAAUGAAACAUUAAAUGUUACUUUUGAAAUAUAUAAUUCUACAAUAAAUCAAUGGACAAAUGGCACAAUUAAAAAACUUCCUAAUUUAUUUACUGAAAAAUAUUUAAUUGAAUGGAAUUCACAAAAUUUCAUGAUGAAAAAGAAACUUUUUUCAAUCCAUCAUAAAUUUUAUGAUGAAUGUGAAAAUGUUUUAGCUCAGUUUCGAAUGCGCUUUCGUUGGUUUAAUUGGAGAUUAAUAAAAUACAAUUUAGAAUUAUUUUCUGAUAAACUACCUGAAAUUAUUUAUUUUUUCUUAAUUGCUAUUGUAGAUAAUAGAAAUAUAUUUAAAUAA